AUGAAGCGGUUGCUCAUCGUCGGGAUCGUUCUCCUGGCGACGGAGGAGUCCCUCGCCUAUGGAGCCUCUCGGAGACGCUUCAGACAGUUCAGUACUCCAGCCCCACAGAACUCCGGUUAUGCCGACCCUCAAUACUAUCCUCCGGUGACUCAUAAUUGCUCAUCGUUCCAGAAUAUCCGGACUAGUGAUGUGCAUCAAGUUCAUCAUGACGUGCAUCGGUCAUCGUCUGAACUUCCCCAUUCGCACAUAACGCACCACGUGACCCCAGUUGUGCGAUCCCAUGUCCACCAGGCUCCCCCGGUGGAGGUUGUACGGACAACCAAGACGCUUUACCAACCGCCAGCCGUCGUACACCAGACCUUGGACUACGAGCAUCACGACCACGUCACCACGCACUAUCCGGGUUCUUCAAAAUCUUUGACUCACACCGACUACUACAGCGGCAAGGUGAACAACGUGCAUACUCAGUCCAUCAGCGAGAAGGGUCCGUCGGCGAGAAAAGUUCUAGAAGUUCAUCAUGACGAUAAGUUCGACACUACUGUACAGCAGCAUCAGCCCCACCAGCAACAGCAUCAUCAUCAUCACCAUCAUCAUCGCGACGAUCAUGCUCAUUUUGGCAAAGUUCCCACCGGUAACGCUGUCGUUACCUCAUACUUCAACUUUCCCGGCUCUGGCAGAUCGGACAAUAAAUUCCAGGCCCCAGCGCCGGCCCCAAGCCGCAAAUUCGACUACCUACCGCAGAGAUCGCAUUCGCCGGCGUAUUCCCCUCUGCAGGCCCAGUCCAUAGAGGAUGACGAGGAUAGGGAAGAUUCGCCUGGUCCCGCGACGCCCUCUCGGCCUCUCUACGAGCGAAUAAACGCUGGUACUCCGCAAAACGAUAGGGAACCUCCUCCGUUCUACACUGGGCAAGCCCCCGAGUCGAACAGUCCAUCGCAGGUGUUCCCGCCGCCGGCUUUGAGCAGACCAUCCGACAGGUUCUUCUCGCCCUCGCGAUACCCGAAGGAAAGCUUUGCUGAACGCAGACGUCCUGAGCCGCUGCAAUUGAUAGACGAUGCAAAGCCGGAUGACAUUAAAUCUUCGAGAGACUCGGAGAACGAAGACUCGCACAAUCCUCGCGGGGAAUCGCCCGAGGGAAAAACACCUGGAGCUGGACUCAGGGAUCCUAGUGCGCUCCUGAAACGAUUUCCUGAAGCUGACAGCUCGCCAAGAGAGAAUGGUCGAGCUGGAAAAGCCCAAGACCCGAACCUCCACCAGCAAGCUCUGAGGGUGAAGCCGGACUUCUUCAGAGGCAAUCGUGAAAUCAACGCGAAAGAGCCUCAAACACUACCCGAAAACGAUGGCAGACUCGAACCACCUCUGCGGUAUUCCCUCGAUCAGCUUCCGAUUGUUCAGCAACGUCCCUAUUUCGGCCCUUGA